CCCAGCCGGUGCGACUGACCAUGGUGUAAACRAACUCGAAAAGAAAAUUUUAACUACGAGAACAUGUUGACAUWAYCUCACAUUUACAAUCAUACCCAUCCAGCAUCYCCGGAUCAUCCAGAUCUGCAGUAAAUGUUAUCCGCUUGAUUAGAAAAACCAAAUUAUUUAAAUAUGACGAAUAUUUAUUGCAAACCUAUUGAGAUMUUUCAUAGGUUAUGAGUAUGUUAUGACAGUCAUGUCAAAACACUCAAAUCAAACGAAAAACAGUCUCAGAAAUUAUUAAAUUCCCUUUAAUAAGUAAACGAACGUUGUUAUAUUCGAGAUUGUAGCAAAUAUAAGCUGAUAAAUAUAUUUUCUAAGAAAAAAUGCCAACUUAUAUAUAAAACUAUAACCAUGACGGACCAGAAAACACCAUCACUCACACAGUAUUUUGGAGCAACUGAUCAUGAGAAGGAACAAAUGGACUUUUCAAAGGUAUUAACUGAUACUACAGAUAAAAUAAACAGCGUCCGAUUGGGACAGGAGGAAAGGCCAACAAACGAGCCGGAAGUGUGCAGAAUUUUUGCGGAAAUACCAGCUGAACCCAAAGAUCCAACAGCAAACUUUUUUGAUUUGAUUGGAAACGAUAAAGGCAAAGUGAACAGUGCUGGCAUUAUAUCUGCUCUAGAUUUACCUACUAACAACGAGGACACAUACAUUCCAAGAGUUUCAACCAGUGCUGAAGCAGAUAGAAGAAGAGAUGCCUGGAUUCCUAUUGAAAGAACUAGACAGGCUCUGAUUGCCAAUGCAACCGCUCAACCAGGCACGUAUGUGCCUGAUUCGGACCUGUUAACCACGCCAGGGAUUUUGAUUGAAGAAGAAUUAGGAGAUGUCAUAGGAGAAGCAGUGGGAGCCUGUUUAGGAGAGGCAGAAGCUGCUCAAAGAAGAAGUUUAACUGCUAGCGAUGUUACCCAGGAUGAGCGCGGCCUUAGGGAGUUAGUUCAAGCUGGUUCCUUCAGAGCUGCAAUUAAUCUUACUGGCAGGCUCUUAUCAGUUUAUGGACAAGGAAGAGGAAGGAAGGGACAUUCGACAAAACAUUCACCCCACUCACUUCAGCUUUGGUUUACUCGAAUUGCUCUAUUGAUCAAAACCAAAGCGUUUGAUUAUGCUCAAAAGGAAGCAGAAGCCUUCGGCCAGCUGGAGAAGCCUGAUGUGUUUUACCAAUUCUACCCUGAUAUGUAUGGCGGACGGCCCGGAUCAAUGGCAUCUUUCAGUUUUCGCCUACUACUGGCCGAAUUACCAAUGCACUGUGGGAAACCGAAAGAAUCGUUGACUAAACUUUUCAGUAUUCUAGGAGUUAUCAAAAAAAUGAUCCACAAUUUAAAACAAGGACUAUGUGAAGAUGGAAAUCCAAUGGAGAUAGGAGAAUCUGAUAGAGCCGAUUCACUGAAACUAUGGAGUGGUAGAGAAGCCAGAGUUAUGCACUCUGUUAUUAAUUGCGCGAUAUCGGUGAAAGAUUACGAAUUGGCUUUGGAAUUAUUAGGGCAAUUAUCUGAAAGAGACGGAGCUCCGAAACAGGCAUUGUUAUCAGCUUUAGGUCGACUGCAUUUGCAACUGGGAAAUAUCUCGGGAGCGGAAACAUGUUUCAAUGAAGCAGCUCAACUUGGCCCUUCGGGGGUGCGUGAUAUAGUCGAUAAAGGAUUACUAGCAAUUGCUCAAAAUAAUUUCGAUAAUGCGUAUGUAGCCUUUCAACAAGCCAGUAAUUUAGAACCGUCCAAUAUAAUGAUUCUCAACAACAUGGGAGUAUGUCUACUCUAUGGCGGCCACUUGAAGGAAGCAAUUUCAGUGCUAGAAUCAGCGAUAGCCAAUAAUCCAAUGCAUGCCCUUCACGAGUCGUUAAUCCUCAAUUUAUGUACGCUUUACGAUAUGGAGUCAUCGAAGGGCAUCACAAAGAAAUUUGCCUUAUUAAGGCAAAUAUCAAAAUAUAGUGCCGACGCCCCUACUGCCAUUUUAGAGAAACUCUACGGGUGAGAUAGGCUUGGGAUGUUUUUUGAUUGAUUUUGAUUGGUAUUCGUUGAUUUAAAACCUAUAACGCGGUCCAUGCACUCUGAUUAAUUAAACAACUGUGAAUGUUCCAUCAAAAUUGUGCAGUAGUAUGGUAUUCCAUACCUAAAUAAAUAAUUAAACUUAUUAGGAACAUA